CUGAGGCAGGGGAACGGAAUGCUCCCCAUCACCCCCUGGCAGGGAUGUGGGUGACAGAAGAGGGACGGGGACCGACACUUGGGGUGACACCGGCCCCUCUGCUCCUUUCCAGGAGUUUUACGGCAAGAAAGAGCCCGGGUUCCACUCCUCGACCAAGAACCACGCGGCGUCGCAGCUGCUGGGCAAGAGCCAAGCAGGGCAGGACAGAGACGGGGAGGGGGAGCCGGCGCUGCCGGAGCUGCCGGGAGCCCCGUGGAGGGAUGGCCGGGCGGGGGGCAGCUCGGCGGUGCCCGCUCCCCAUCCCCGCACGCCUCCCCCCAGCGCCAGCCACCCCGUCCUUCUCCUGCAGCGCGGCUCGGGGGGCUGCGGAGGGCCCUGGGUAGGCGCACGGCCCCACGGCGCCGAUUUUUCCAUGGACGCGGCGCCGGGCCGGCCCUCGGAGCCCAAAGAUGAGCGCCUGGGCUACCAAAGCGCCCAGCCCGGCUCGCCCCCGGCAUGCGGGGAGCCCAACCCCUCGCCUCUGCUGGCGGACGGGCACUACCCAGCGGCUCUGCCCAAGCCGGAGCCUCCCCCGGGCUGUCCGUGCCCCACCUCGGGCUGCGAUGGGUGCCCGGGGGUGGGCUGUGGGGUGCCCAACCCCUUCGAGCCCACCCUGGGCAUGGCCGGGGGGCGUUUUCCGUGCCCCCCCAGCAACCACACCAAGCUGAAGAAGACGUGGCUGACGCGGCACUCGGAGCAGUCGCUGCCUCGCUCCAAAGCUUCCCGGCGGGAUGGGGGUCCCGAGCCCCCCGGGGAGGGCAAGCGCUCGGCCAAACGCCCCCACGGCACCGCCGAUGGUCCCCGCGCUGCCGGCGAGGGCGCCGGGGCAGCCAAGAGGGGCACCAAGGCCACCGCGGGCCCGGGUGAUAGCACGGAGAGAGCGGGGGACACCGAGGAGAGGAGGAUGGAGCUGGGAGACGGAGGUGAGGAUGCACAGGAUGCGCAGCGGGACCGGGGAGAGGGCGGGGGCAGCGCCCGAUCCCCAGGGAAUUUUGCAUCCCGGUUCCCGGCGCCCACAACACGAGCCGGGAACACGUGUAGGCUGCGGAACCUGCUGUGCUGGGGUAUUUUUCCUGGCUUGACGGGGUCUGGCAGCGAUUCCCAGGAGCCGCCGAGGAGUGCGGGAGAGCCGUGGUGCCUGCAGGGCCUGCCCUGCACCGUGCUGCCCCCGAGCAUCCCCCGCUGCUGUGCCUGUGCCCCCCACACCGGGGGGCACCCCGAGGGAGAGGAGGAUGAGGAGGAGCCCCCCGAGAACACCUGCAGGCUGAUGCACUUCCGCAGGUUCGCCCUGGGUGACAACGGGGAGCUGAGCGUCGACGGCCUCUGCACCCUUGGGGAGGCCGAGGGGGAGCUGGAGCUGGGGGGCAGGAACGUGGGGGGCAGGAACGUGGGGAGCAGGAACGUGGGGAGCAGGAACGUGGGGACCAGCCUCUGCCUGGCCAAGUACCUGCUGCAGGUCCUGGGGGACCCUUUCUGUGACGCCGUGCGCAGGGACAGGGACACGUGGCCGGGAGCCCCCGGCGGGCCCGAGGGGGUGACGGGCUGGAGGCGGGGGGAAGGAGCCCCCCGGCUCUGUGACGCCUGCCAGCGUGGCUUCUUCAACUCCCACUGGAGCUGCGCCAGAUGUGGCUUCCAGCUGUGCCCCGACUGCCACCGCAGCAGGCAGGAGGACGGUGGCCCUGGGGGUCCGGUGAUGCCACCCGAGUGCACCCCUGGGCGGGACCACCACGCAUCUUCCCUGGUCCCCACUCAGUUUGUCCCCACCUGUGUCCUGACGCGCCUCUGGAAGCUCCUGCACGAGGUCAGGGUCAAGUUUGGCAUCGAGUCCCACUGUCCCUGCGGGGAGGGGAGCCUGGCGGAGCCCCCGGGCAGGCAGGAGCUGCCGGGGGCCGCGGUGCCCACCCUGCCACCCCGCAGCCACGGCCCAGCCGACCCCGCCCGGCCCAUCAAGGAAGAGAGCCCCGAGGGGGAGUCGCCGUCCCCGGGGCAGCCCCCGGCGCGGGGGGGGGCCGUGCAGACCACCACCCUCUGCGACCUCCUGGCCUCCACCGCCGUGAAGCUGUGCCUGGGGCAGGACGGGGUGCGCAUGGCUUUUGCCCCCGUGGCACCUGCCCUGCCCAGCGACAAUCGCCUGACCAGCAUCCUGGACAGCAUCAUCGCCCGAGUGGUGGAGAAGAAGAUCCAGGAGAGGCAGGCAGGGGCCGAGAUGAGCCCCCCCAGCUCCCCGGACCCCCCCGCGUCCCACUGCAUCCUGGCCCCCAGCGGGCUGCUCUGGCUGCACGACCCCGGCCACGCCAGCUGCUACAAAGUGUUCCAGGAGCACUGGCGUCAGGGCCAGCCUGUCCUGGUUUCAGGGCUACAGAAGAGGCUGGAGGGGCGGCUCUGGGCGCCCGAAUCCUUCCAGCCCUCGGGGGAGGAAGAGGAGGAGGUGGAGGCGGUGAACCUGCGGGCACCGCGGAGCCGAGUCCGCAUGAGCAGCCGGGAGUUUUGGGAUGGCUUUGCCACCAGCACAGCGUCCCCGGAUCAGGAGCAGAGCAGCGGGGACCUGCUGAAGCUGGAGAGCGGCUUUGGGGACACGGAGCUGAGCCGGACCACCAACCUGCGGGCCAGCCUGCCCCUGCCCGAGUACUGCGGGACCAGCGGCCGCCUCAACCUGGCCACCUACCUGCGGGGCCAGCGGGGCCAGCGCUGGCUGCGACCGCGACUCCGCGUGGCCUACGGAGUGCGUCCGCAGGAGCGGAACAUCGGGACCAAAAACCUGACGGUGGAAGCGGCUGAUUCCAUCAGCGUCCUGGCCCAUGCAGCGCCGGCAGCGCGGGAGGUGCUCCUGCCAGGGGACACGGAUGAGCUGGACGCGGCGCUGCGGGAGCGGCUGAGGGACAGCGGCCGGCCCGGGGUCCUGUGGCACAUCUUCCGUGCCGAGGAUGCCGGGCGGAUCCGGGAUUUCCUGCGGAAGGCAUCCGAGGAGCCGGGGCAGGACGGGGAGGCCGCGGCGGAGCCCCCCGGCCGCUACCUGGACCCCGGCCUGCGGCGGCGGCUGCGGGAUGAGUGCGGGGUGAGCGGCUGGAGCCUCCUCCAGUUCCCGGGGGACGCCGUGCUGGUCCCCGCCGGGGCUCCCCACCAGGUGCAGAGCCUCAGCGGCACCAUCAGCGUGGAGCAGCAAUUCCUGUCCCCGGAGAGCGCCGUCCGCCUCCGCCACCUUGGCCCCGAGCCCGCCGGGACCUCGCGCCAGCUCCGCGCCCAGCUGGACGGGAUGAUCUUCGCCGCCGUGCGGGAGGCCCUGGGGGUCCUGCGGGGCUGCAAUUGAGACCACGGAGCGACGGGAGGACACCGGGAGCCUCGGUCACGGUCAUGGCCACGGCCGGGACACCGCGGGGAGCCGGGACAGGACGCCCUUUGCUCGGGGCUUUGCUCUGAGAGCUCCCGGGAGUGCUCGGGGCAGGAGGAAUAAAGUGUCCAGAGCAUGGCGGGGCCGCUGGCACCACCAGCACCCACCUCAGUGUCUCCCUUCAUCACA